UACAACUCCCAGGGUGACCCGAAGGCUGCCUGGGCAAAGAAGGGUUUGGUGCCGCUUUAGCCAACGUCGGCCUAAACUUGGGAAAUGAUGCUGGCUCCCCAGAAGAAGGCCGCUUUAAGGAAGAGGACGGGGCUGAGUCGCUGGGAAGAGUUCACAAGGAAGCCGAAUCCCAAGCCUGCUUUUGACCCUGACAAUGUGGAACACUGGAUUAAGAGAAUGGAGAAAGCCUCAGAAUUUGCAGUUUCGAAAGCAUUUUUUCCUGGAAACUCAGAUUUAUGCAGAAGGUUUUGGGACCAAAUCACAGAUUUGGAAACAUCUGAGCAAAUAGAGGAUCAUAGUGAAGCCUAUGCAGAAGCUCAGGAACUAGUCAAUGAUUGGUUAGACACCAAACUUAAGCAAGAACUAGAAAGUGAUGGAGAAAGUGAUGUUGAAAAUACUGCAAGUACCACUCCUAUGCCAGAAGCUAAUGGCCUUUCAAAAUAUGACAGGUUUGAUGAGUUAUAUGGCUAUUUGGAGGAAGAAGAAGAAAGUACUACCGUUCAAAAAUUUAUAGACCAUCUGCUCCAUAAGGAUGUGGUGGAUUCUGGGAUGCUGGAAGAUCUUGGGAUGAAGGAAAACCAAGACAAGAAGCAGCAGAAGGAUCCUCGUCUUACCAUGGAGAUGAGACAUAAGCAGGUUAAAGAAAAUCGCUUAAGACGUGAGAAAGAACUAGAACGCCAGAGAAUGGAAAAGGCCCUGAAAAAAUCCGCCUUCUUGGAGGCUCAGUAUCUGGUGCAAGAAGAGAAGAAAAGGAAGGCUCUGGAAGCUAAGAAAGAGGAUGAGGAGAUUCAAAGGGAGAUGGUGAAGCUUCGGAGGGAGAUAAUUGAGAGGAGACUCACUGUGGAAGAAGCAUGGAAAUUAGAGAAGAAAAGGCAAAAAGAAAAUUCUCAGAAGAAUCCAGAAAAAGCCAUGUUUCCAAGUGCUCACAUUCUUCUGGCUGAAGAAAAGAUGGCAAAAGAAAGAAAGAAGAAACUGAAAGAGUUAUUGAUGCAAGUUUCCAAGGAAAAUCACCAGUGUCAAAAACGAUAUUUCUCUGCCUGGCACAAGCUGAUUCUGGAUCAUAGGAUUGCGCUGGGGAAAGCUGGGACCUUGUCCAACUGGAAGUUUCAACUGAAGGUCCUGAGAGCCUGGAGGGACUACACGAGAUCCCAGAAGCUGGAGCGCGAAACUCAAGCCAUGGAAAAUGACCUCAGGGAAGAAAACAGAAAACAACAGCUGGCCACUGAGUAUAACCGGAAACAAGUUCUUCAACACAGCUUUACAGAAUGGCAGCUUUGGCAUCAUGGCAAGAUCCGAAAGAGAGAGCUGGCUCUAACAAAGGAGGAAACUAGGAAGAAAAUGGAUGAGCUGCUGAAGGCAGCUUCGCUCAGGAAGCUCAAUGCAAAUGGAUUAUCCAGUUUAAAUCUACUUAAGGAGGCAACAGCCACUGUGGAUCCAGCUGUAAGAAAUGGAGAGGUGACUGCCGUGCCCCCUUUGUGGGAAAAGCCUCUUUCGGGAAGCAAUGAUUAUAUGCUCAGCCCUCCUUUAGGAAAACCAACAAAGAGCACCUUGCAGGUUUCCCUUCAGAAUGUCCCUUUGAGCACACCUGAUCAUAAACAGCCCGAGAUCCUGUACGCUGAACCCUCCCAACAGUCUGGCAGUGAGAAGCUCAGAACCAGCAGCCAGAAAGCAGAACCCAUUUGCAUGGGCCAUUUCCAUAAUCGCCACAUCUUCCAGCAACAGCUGAUUGAGAAGCAAAAGAAGAAACUUCAGCAGAAAACAAUUCUCGAGCUGAAGGAAAAUCAGCGGCUGGCGGAGGCUCGCUGGGCAGCAGAGCGUGCUGCAGCGGUUACAGAUGCCCAGAGCCGCCUGCUGUCAAAUCCCAGAGAGGAAGAAGAACCAAAAAUAACAUGCCAGGUGCUUCUAAAUUCAUCUGUUGCUUCCUCUGGAACUGAAGGCAGUAGAAGUGACUCCCGAAAUUCUCUUCCUGGAUUCAAAAGGAACCCCAAGCAGCUGAUGGCACCCCAUCCCAUAGUGAAAGCCAUGGAAGAGAGAGCAAUUCAGCGAGCUGAACGUAGGCAGAUCUUGGCAGAGAAGAAGAAAAAACAAGAAGAGGAGAAAUUGGCCCAAUUAAAGGCCCAAGAAGAGGAGCGUCGGAAGAGGGAGGCAGAAGAAAAGGAGGCUCAGCUUGAAAGAAAACGAGAAGAGAAGAGACUGAAGAAAAUGAAAGAAGCAGAGAAGCAGAAGAGAAUAGAGAGGAACCAGCAGCUGGAAGCAGUAGCCAAAGAACAUUAUGAAAAGGUCUUGCUAAGAAAAAAAGGUCUAGAGCCUUGGAAGAGAUUGAGAAUGCAAAGCAAGCAAAACAUCCAGGUGGCAGAGGGACAUCACUCUGUGGCAUUACAGAGGAAAUGCCUGCUGACCUGGUUCCAGUAUAGUCAGGAAAGCCUGGCUAGAAAGAUGGCCCAGGCUGAUCAACUUUAUUCCCAAAUAUUGCUUAGGAGAGUCUUCCGGAGCUGGCUACAGUACCUGACUGAUCUAGAGGAAGAAGUAAGAAAACUUCAUGUACACUUUCUUCAGAAGAAGAUUUUCAAGGCCUGGUUUAACAUGGUCAGGGAAGCUAAGAUUGAUGAUCAGAGCAAGUAUGAGAUUGCGGUGGAGCAUAGUGACAGGAGGAUUCACUGGAUCACGUUUAAGACAUGGAAGAAGUUUGCAAAAUUUAUGAAAGAGGAAAGAUUAAAAGAAGAAAGGAGACAGCAACUCCGUAGGAAGGUAGCUGAAAUUCUUCCAGACUUCCAGAUGCUGGCCCCACUGUGACUACUGUUUGUACCAGCUGUUUGCUACUCAGCCCACAUGUGAGACAAGCCUUUCCUAUGCCGGCGGACACAAACCAGUGCAGAGAGGAAGCGGGGAAUCAUGGUUGGUGCACUGUGUGUACCUCUACCCACUCACAUCCAUCCCUAUACAUACUCACCUGAUUUGCUUCCUGUCAGAUAUUUCUAGGAUCAAAGGAAUUAUUUUAGAAACUUCCUUCUUUGAUGUCUGCUGGAUUGCUACUCAGCAGCUCACUAAAGCAUUUAUCACAAUGGGAUCCUUCCAAAGGAACAGUCUAGAGCCCCACUGCUCAAAUGCAUCCUCGUUUUAGUAGAAUAAACUUUAUAAAGGAUGAGUGUUUGCCUGCUUGAGCAUGGGAAGGAAACAUGUCUUUCAAUUUAAUUAGUUGUUUUAAAAGUAAUAAAUAUUUAGAAAAGGAGGCAGAGGUUGUCAGUCUCCUAGAACCUUAGUAGCAGAGCUCGGCAUCCUAACAGACCCUGUCCCUCUGACCAGCCCUGCGUAGCAAAGGUCCUCUGUAUGGUUGGUAACAAGUGGCAGCUUAUCUUGAUUUCAGAGAAACGGAGACCAGAGAUACUUCUCUUCAGCGCACCUUGAUAAGUGUGAAGCAACAUUCCAAAAACUAAUGACUCAAUCAAAGACAAUCUAGGAACACAUUAAAAUGUCUGCUGAUGCUCCUGAUUGCAAUGUCUACAUAAUACAUGGUCUUCUAGUCCUCAGCUCAGUUUGAUCUAGAUAUCAAAAUAUUUAUCUUCAGUUCAAAAUGUCUUAAUCUUUGGAGUGCUAAGACUAUAAAAGACUGAUAAAAUGGUCCCUUCUAUGAACUGUCUUAGACAACUAGGACAAAAACUAGGAAAAAAUUCCCAUUACAAAAUACAUGUCUAUUACAACAAAUUCAAGCAGUCCAUAAAUGCACACAGUAAAAUGAGAAAGUCCUUCCAGCCCUGAGUGUGGAUUUGUGUGGUGGUUCAAGUGAAUAUUCCUGUUAUUGUCUCUUGCUUCCUAAAGGAAUAUGUAGCUACACCACCUGCAAAAUGACUUAUCUCCUUUUCCCGUAGAAGAUGUGUGAUGAUUUACACAGAAUGACAAACACCCUGAAUUGAACUAUAUUUCUUCUACCAUGUUCCUGUCCCCAGUCAUCUUUUCCUUUACUAUGAUUACACAGUUGUCAUCUAAAAACCCAUAAACUUUUUAAGACUAGUGGCCACUAAAGAAAAUGAGACUAAAAGGUAAUUCAUACCAAGUACAGUAGACACAUACCAAGAAACACCAACUCUUUUCCUUUAAAGAAAGCACUUUAUUUUCCAUUUAAACAACUUGGUCACAGUACAUUAUUUUACAUAAAUAGCAGAAAUUUUUUAAAUCGCCAUUUAAAAGGCCUUGUGUCUGGAUCUGAGGUGAUAAGAGGAUAUGAAUACAAGUACAAAAACAGUGCAAAAUGUUUAGCACACAGCCUCCCGAGUUAGCUUCAGAAAUUCCUCUAAUAUUGCUGGGCCAGUUAAUAUUAAGUAUUAAAUACUAAUUUAAUCAUAAAGAAGUAUUCCUGGAUUUCCUUUAGUCUAACAUCAAACUCAGAAAUGUAAUCAAAUGAAAAGGCUUAAAAGCCCUAACAGCUCAUACCAUCAAACCAUCCAACAUAGGAUCAUGACUUGAGCCUGCAAGCUUAUACCAUGGGCACCUUUUCAGUGGCUCCAUCUGAAGAAAUAAGAAUUUUAGUUGCAUCAUUAACUAGACUAGAUUAGGUCUGGUUUUAAAGCCUUGCUUCUGAAGUGUGAUUUUCUAGAGGUGCAGGGUGCCACAGGGAAGGCUAAUGUAGUAAUUAGUCACAAGCCCUAAGAAAUUUGUCUCCCCAGUAAUCAAGUCUUUGGCCUGUUGCUGACACUACAGUGAAACACUUAGUGCCCCAUGACGUGUAAAUAAUCGUCCAUUAGCAACAGGCUUGCAUUUAGCUGAUUUUGCAAAAAGGUUACAUUAAUCACAGCAAACAUCCACAGGAACAUACUGAAUUUUAUUCAGGAUUAAGAUAAGCAUGGCUCUCAUGCUCCCCUUCCAUCCCCUUUACAAUUUUUAAUAUAAAACGGCAUACUUGUCAAGCUCCCAAUGAGAAAAUCAGAUUGCAAACAGAUGCCUAAAGUGAAGUUCUCUAUAAUCCAUUGCUUGUUUGAGGAAAUUCUCACUUUCAAAUUGCAGAGAUAUGGCUAAAAUAAAACAAGUCCAUAGAAACUUACGUACCCUGUUUAAAGAGACCCUUAUACCUCACAAAAUGUUAAUUUUUAAACAUCCUGGUUAAAACUGUGCUUCUAGAUGUCUUAUUUUUGCUUACACUAGUUAAGCUUUAUAAUAAAAAAACAAAUGUCCCGUACCCAAAGGAAAUAAAGUCUAAGUAAAUGGUCAGUAUUAUGUAGACCCUUA